AUGUUUACUUCGACAGCGAUCCACGAGCCGAUCUUCCUGACCACCCGCUUCGGGAACCCGCUGAUGAUCAUCGACAACUACCGUUUUAACAAACGCAGCGACAGCAAGGGCCCCCAGAUCAACUGGGUCUGCGUAAAGAAGGACCGCCAGUGUCGCGCCACAGUCACCACCUUCGACAACACCAUCCUCAAGUACAGGAAUUACCACAAUCAU